AGAAGAGGCGCGCUCGGGUCUGGAUUUGAAUCACGGAAACGAGCUGAACGGGAACACAGCAUUUCAAGUUGAAUCUCUCUCUAGCUGCCAGCAUCACCACAAUGGUUCAAGGUCAUAAAUUUCAAGACUUGGAGGAGACGGGCGCAGCGUUGGUGGCCUACAUCAACAGCAGCCAGCCUGAGAAACUGAUGGAAGUGAAAAGUGAUAAUCUGGCCAUUUUUGAUCAACACGCUGAGACGAAGAAGUUUGUGACACAGAUUUUAAAAGGUGUGGCUCAGAUAGAGGAGAGUGCUAGCCAGAGGCUGCUGGACAUGGAGGAGGAGAAGAAGCACAGGGAGCAUGAGCUGGAGAGCCUGGAGGAGCAGCUGAGGCAGUGCACAGCCAAGAGCCAGAUCACUGACUCAGAGUUACAAUUUCUGCAGGGAGAGUUGGAGCGUCUGAGAAACAGCGAACACGAGCUUCAGACUCUUCAGAACGAGGUGGAUGAAGACACCACCGAGGUCAUCCCUUCAGCAAUAUAUGUGGCUCAGGUGUACUACCUCAUAACCAAGAUCAAGUGGGAAUAUGACACACAACCCAGCAUCUUAAAAGGAGUGCACUAUGGUGCAGACCUGGCCACGCCCAUCAACAUUGACACAUCUCUGCGAGCUCGGAGCGACGUGAGCGACCAGCUGUGGGACUUUGUCAGCAGUGAAUGGUAGCUGAAGGAUGCUGGUGUUGUCAGAAAAGUUGUGUACAUUAUCUGUGUUUGUCUGCAAGUUUGUUUUCUUUGGUUUUCUGAUAAAUUUCUGUUGUUUAAAAAAAUUAAAUAUGUCAGACCUUUUAACUCAGUAGUUACUCUCUAACUGUAUUUCAGCAGCACAGAUUCACUAGAACAUUUUGUAGUGGUAGAUGAGAUGGGGGGGUUGGCCACUAGAUGUCGCUGCAGAGCUGUUUGUUAUGUUCCGUAACCGCCUACACGGCCUCCUUGGAAUUAUUGAGACUCAGAUGAGACAGUGCGGGGAGAUUAAGAGCUCCUUUGUGCAGUCAGGUGUUUCUUUGGUUUACAAGAUGACUGUGCAGAAUCCUUUUGCUGAGGAAGAUGCCGCUGGGCUUGUAGGUGGAAUUAGUCAGACUAGUUCACCAUAGUUUAGGCCAGUGGUUCCCAACCUUUAACUGUGAGGGCAGAUCUGACAAAUCUAACAAAUUUUAUACAUACAUAUGAGUAACUGGUUUGAACAGUCAGGUGCAGCAUGUGAUGACAUGGACUCUGGACAUGGGCUAUUGUAAAUUUACUCAAAGGUGUAAUAUGUAACAUUUCUAAAUGUCUAAAAAUGAUUAGUUCUUUGUUAUGUAUUUUCUUGAGUUGUACACUUACAUUUCCAGCAAUGUUCAAAACCAGAGCAAUCUGUAUUUUUAUUAAAGCUAACAGUGUGUUUUAUUUGGCCACCUAUCAAUGUCACAUCACCUUUACCCCCUCGAGUUGCUGUAACUUCCGGGGAAACGAGAAACACUAGUGCUGCGCUGCAAUACUGAUACAACCAUACAGUAUUAUUUAGUGUGCCGUAAAAAAAGUUAGUAUGUACCAGUACAUAGUAUUUCGAAUGCAGUCACAAAAUUUUCCUGUGAUCCCAUGCUACUUGACGACAUCAUCAAACUCACAUUUUAUUGUUUUGAAAAGUAAUGUGGUUAAUACUGAUGUGUUUCAAGAUCAGCCUGUGACAGUACAACAUAUCAUCUGUAAGUGUGACUGUACCAGACAUGACAGUGAUGAGUUAGCAGAAAAACAAAAAUGAGAACAAGAUGCUGAAAUUGAGGCUUGUAUCCAGGCUGCAUGGGUUGAGCCCACCUCAUGUUUCUGCACUGCGGGGUGUGAGUGUUGUAUUAUUAUUAACCAUCUGCUCUACUGAGAACUGAAACUUCCCUCUUCUUUGAAAAGGGCUUCAUGCCACAUUUGUGUACCACUGCAGCACGGCGAGUGGUUAAAGAGUGGGCAGGAUGACAUACGGUUGUUGGGGAGGUGCAUACUCUCAAAUACCAGAACGUGGAAGAACCAUGCUCCAGUGUGUGGUUUCCUUACGGUAAACAGAGCAACUAACAGCUAGCAAUGGCUUGUUUCUGCAACUUCAGCUAUACUUCAGCCACAGGCGCAUGUCAUAUCAAGUGGUUAACAAGUGGUUUGCAUGGAGGUAGGGUGGUGUAAGUUAAGACUGAGCCUCCAUCUGCUUGUCUUUAUUUUUCCUUUCAUUGUUAUGAAAGUUGUUGCUUGCUGAAGUCUCAAAUGUUCAUACUCAGCAAAGUAAAGUAGCGGACGACUAACUAUCACUGUUUAUGCUUAAUUUGCCAUCAACUAGUGAGCUUUCAACACUAAAUGUCAGCUAACCUUAAGACAGGCCUUAGUAAGUGGUGGUGUUGUAUUGGAUCAAAUGCACCACCCUUCGCUACGACAUCAGAAGGCAUCGUGGUGUUAAGACCUCUGUGACACAGCGUCGACAAACUAAACUUUUUAAACUCCACCAGGAGACACGUCACUGCAGAGACAUCUGUUUCUAUUGUUCUGGACACUGUUUACUUACUGCAUUUAUAUUAAUAAGCCCAUUUUUUUGGUCCACAUUUAAAAUAAAAAAUUCCCAUCUCCUUCUAGCUCAUAGUGUCAGUA